GUGGGUAUUUCAUCAAACAAUUGCCUGUAAAAAUGACAGAUUUAGUUCAAUUUGAGCCAUUAACUGAUAUAUAUUGAAGCAGAUAUCUUUAUAAGUCGCAUAGAAAUGUGUAUUUGUUGUGUAACACGCAAACACGUUUUUUUCCGUUGUGUUUUUUGUUUUUCACGACACGCUGAGCAGAUAAUAUGUCCUCGCUGCUGCGCUGCUGCAUAAGCUCUGAGAAGGAGUUGGCUUGGAAAUAUCUCUAGAUGUUUUUUUCGCACAUGCGCAGACGCGAGAUGCCAUAUUGGAACGGGGGCAGCAGCUGAAAGACGUCGCUCGCUCGCUGCGUUGCUGUGUGUGUGUGUGUGCAGGCUCACACGGACGAGGAGAAGAGAGGGAGAGAGAGAGAGAGAGGAGAGAGAGAGGAGAGAGAGAGAGAGGAGAGGAAGAGAGAGAAAAAACAGAGGGGGUCUCGGAGAAGGAGAGGCGACAAAAAAACUUGGACAGGUUGAUGAAAGUGGGUGGAAGUCGGCGAGUGAGUCACUGUGAUGUUACCGCAUGACCUGCUGUAGGACAACCAGCAGGCAAGUGACGAGCAGGAGCUCUUGUUGUGGAGGGAAAGUGAGAGAUGCAGUGAAGAAUAAGCGACACGCCUCAGGUCAAAGGUCAAACGCUGAGCAGGAAGUGGCGGUGCAGGAUGCAGUCUGUGGUCCAGGAGCAGCCGCUGGCCCUCACCGCCCCCAAACACUGUCCCACCAACGGGAGAGAGGAGGAGCUGAAGACAGAUGCAGAGUCGAUGGAGGAGGAGGCGGAGUUUAACUGGGAGGAGUACAUGGAGGAGACGGGGGCCAACGCCGCUCCUCACACCACCUUCAAACAUGUGGAGAUCAGCCUGCAGAGCAGCUUCCAGCCCGGCAUGAAGCUGGAAGUGGCCAAUAAGAGCAGCCCGGACACGUACUGGGUGGCCACCAUCAUCACCACGUGCGGCCAGCUGCUGCUGCUGCGCUACAGCGGCUACGGCGAGGACCGCAAGGCCGACUUCUGGUGUGACGUCAUGACGGCCGAGCUGCACCCGGUGGGCUGGUGCACGCAGAACAACAAGACCCUGAUGCCCCCCGAAGAUAACGUUUACCUAAGAAAAGCCAUCAAGGAGAAAUACAGCGACUGGACGGAGUUCCUGGUCCACGACCUGACCGGCGCCAGGACGGCCCCGGCCAGCCUGCUGGAGGGGCCUCUGAGAGGGAAGAACACGGUGGAUCUGAUCGUGGAGGGUUCGGUUCUGGAGCUCCAGGACGUCUCGGGCCCGUUCCUCUACUGGCCCGCCAGAGUCCUCCAGAACGUCGGAGGGCGACUCCGUCUGCGCUACGCCGGUCUCUCUGAGGACCACCAGGCCCACGACACCUGGGCCUUCUACCUGGACGUCAGGCUCCGCCCCCUCGGCUGGGCCCUGGAGAACCGACUCGCCCUAGAACCGCCUACAGGGCUCAGGUCUCUGAGGAGCGCCUCCGACUGGCAGCAGGCGCUGGAAGACACUCGGCUGGACGCACAGAAGAGCCCGCUGCCGCUGGAGGUGUUCAAGGACCACGUAGACCUGCCCGAGCACUCCUUCAAGACGGGGAUGAAGCUGGAGAUGGUUUCUCCGUGGGAGCAGCUCCACAUCUGCCCCGUUUCUGUCAGCAAGGUCUACAAUGAGCUCUACUUCCAGGUGACCCUGGACGAUCUCUCCGUGGACUCCAAGCCGCGGUUCGUGGUGUGUCACGCUAACUCUGCCGGCAUCCUGCCGGUCCAGUGGUGUCUGAAGAACGGCGUGGCUCUGGAGCGGCCCCGGGGCUACGAGGGCCACGACUUCGACUGGGCCGACUACCUGAAGCAGAGCGGGACCGAGGCGGCGCCCGACGCCUGCUUCCCCGACACAUGGCAGAACAGAGACUUUGCCAAGGACAUGUGGCUGGAGGCGGUGAACCCUCACAGGCCGGCGGAGGUGUGUGUGGCUCAGAUCACACAGGUCAGAGGACGCCUGCUGUGGCUCCGACUGGAAGGUGUGGUGAAGCCUCUGUCAGAGUGCAUGGUGGACGUCGACUCCAUGGACAUCUUCCCCGUCGGCUGGUGCGAGGCCAACGUUUACCCUCUGACCCCUCCUCUCAGACCUGUCUGCCAGAAGCAGAAGAAGAUAGCGGUGGUGCAGCCAGAGAAACAGUUGGCUCCGACCCCGCCGCUAGAGACGAAGCCCGUCAGCCUGUGCCAGCCCGUCACCGUGGAUACAGGCUCGGCCAACGGCAGAUACUGCUGCUCCAAGAUCUUUGUCAACCAUCGCUGUUUCUCGGGACCUUACCUCAACAAGGGACGCAUCGCGGAGCUGCCGCAGGCCGUGGGGCCCGGGAAAUGCACGCUGGUCCUCAAAGAGCUGCUGAGCAUGCUGAUCAACGCCGCCUACAAGCCCGGACGAGUCCUGAAGGAGCUGCAGGAGCUGGAGGAUACGAGCUGGGACAGCCAAGAGGAGACGCUCAAAGCCAAAUAUAAAGGGAAAACUUAUCGCUCCACCAUCCGGCUGGUCCGCCUGGCAGACCAGAUCCCAGACUUCUGCCGCAAGGUGUGCUUGAAGCUGCAGUGCUGCCCGAACCUCUUCAGCCCCGUCCUCGUCACCGACAAGUGCCCGGAGAACUGCUCCGUCCAGACCAAAACCAAAUACACCUGUUACUAUGGGAAGAGGAGGAAGCUGUCCAAGCCGAUGGGAGGAGAGGAGGCGGCGGAGGGAGACCUGGCCAAGCCGGCGCGCCGCAGGAAGAAGAGGAAAGCUAUCUUUGUGCAGAAGAAGAGACGCUCGUCCGCCGUGGACUACACUCCUGCUGGCUCACCGCAGGACAGCGAGGAGGACGAGGAGCUGGCGUUGCAGUCGGGCAGUGAAGGCACCAGCUCGGAGCCGCGCGACGACCACACCGACGCCUCCUCGGUGGAGGUGACCAGCAGCCGCCCUCGCCGCGCCGCAACGCUGCGCCGGGCCUUCAGCGCCGGCAGCACGACGGGCGGCCAGGAGGCCCCCGAGGGCCGCCGGAGGUCGACUCGCUCGCUGUCGGCGUACAACCAGAACAACAAGUACCAGCCGCCCAAAGGACAAGACAUGCAGGUGGAGGAGGAGGAGGAGGGUCAGCUGGUUUUGGACAGAAAUCCUCUGGAGUGGAGCGUCGAUGAAGUCGUUCAGUUCAUCAACUCGACUGACUGUGCUUCACUGGCCAACAUCUUUCAGGAGCAGGACAUUGACGGCCAGGCUCUGCUGCUGCUGACUCUGCCCACCGUACAGGAGUGUAUGGACCUGAAGCUCGGCCCCGCCAUCAAACUGUGUCACCAGAUCGAGCGUGUGAAGGUCGCCUUUUACAGACAGUACGCCAACUGAUCAACCAGCAGCAGCGAGGCCAGUGGAGAGAAGUGUUGGAGUUCUGCACGACUGGGAAACGUUGGAUUAGCUGCCUCCUGGUGGGAAGUUUUGUGGAAGUCGAUGUGGAUUUUUUUACGGAUUUCCAACGUGCAAGACGAGGAGAUAUGUUCUGGAGAAGCACAAACUAACAGGAGAAGCUUUCACGACGAGACACUGAAGGAUUAAUUUACCGUCUGUGUGAAAAUGUGAUGCAGUUCCCACAAAAACGUCCCGAUGGCGCCUCCGGCAGAACAACACACAUCUGUGAAGACGUUAUUAUGAGAAGCUGAGGACUCUGUCCUGAAGACAUUUGUGUUUAUUUCUUACUUUUCAUUUUACAUUUUAUUUGUGAUAGAGGAGCAUUAUAGCAUUUAAGUUAAAACAAAUAAUAAUUAUUGACCAGAAAGAGUUUCCCCCCCUUUUUUUGUGUGACAUGAUUGGUUCCCGAAAAAGUAUAUUUGAAAGUAUUUACCAACCCAAGAAGUAAUAUAUUUGAAAUAUUUAUUGUGAUCCUAAUUUAUAAGGAGUAAUCUAUUUGGAUUUAGAGAAAAUAAUUGAUGAGUUAUACAAUAACAUGAACUCCUUUUUCUGCUGAAACAAAGCCCUAAAAGAUAUUUCACCAGGAUUUGUAUUUAUUUAGAUUUACACCUCAGUUUGUGUUUAAGGUGAGAACAACACGCUCUGAAACACUUUGUGUUGUGUUGCUCUCUUCUCAUUGUUACAAUCACAUGAAACAAUCAUGUAAGCUAUUUUGUGUCCAUCUAUGCAAAUGUGUUGCAGAUAUUUUUGAUAAGUAAGAAAAUAAAUUUCUAUUGAUUUUU